AUGGAAAGAGAGGGGGAAGAAGAAGAAGAAGAACAGGGAGAAGAAAGGGUAAUAGCAGGCGAGAGAGAGGAGCAAGCGAAAGAAGAAGGUUUGUUUUUUCUCUCAAAACAUGACAAAAUCAUAUGGUCCUCCGUAGCGUACGAUAAACAAGAGCGGGGUAGAAAAGACAGGAUCGGUGAGGCUACGCUGCCGCUGUCGUCCCCGCCGAUGCCAUUGCGCUGUUACCGCCGACAACCGGCCCACCCGGACCGACUGAAUAUUCUCUCGUCCACGCCCGCGACAUCGCCUCCACGUUUUUCAUGUUCAUCACCCCGUCGAUAGAACGCAUCAUCUUGGAGAUGACUAAUUUGGAGGGAAGACGGAAAAUCGGAGACGGCUGGAAAUGCAUGGAUGCCGUUGACCUUGGCGCCUACAUAGGGCUGCUGCUUUUAGCCGUCUACAGGUCCUGAGGCGAGGCGACCGCCAGUCUGUGGGACGCUGAGAGCCAGACGCGCAGCCGACAAACUGGCGGCCGUAAGAGAGGUCUGGGACAUGUGGUCUGAGCGGCUGCUGUCCCCCUACAACCCCAGGCCGGAGAUAACGGUGGACGAACAGCUGGUUCCGUUUAGAGGGCAUUGUCCCUUUCGGCAGUAUAUUCCCAGCAAGCCAGCAAAAUACGGGAUCAAGACAUGGGUGGCGUGCGACUUUAAAUCCAGUUACGCUUGGAAGAUGCAAGUGUACACAGGGAAGGCCACGGCCACAGAUGCAGCUGCAGCUGCGGGUGGUGGAGGAGGAGGAGGAGGAGGAGAAGACCCGGGCCCACGCGCAGCAGGCCACGGCCCGGAAAAGAACCUGGGCAUGCGAGUCGUGCUCGAUGUCACCGAGGGACUGAGGGAUCGCAACCUCACCUGCGACAAUUUCUUCACCUCUUACGAACUCGGGCAGCAGCUGCUGAAAAGGAAGAUGACCAUGUUCGGCACCGUUCGAAAAAACAAGCCUGAGCUCCCGCUCGCGCUGCUCUCACCGAAGUGAAGAGCGGUGUUCUCGUUGAAAUUCGCCUUCACGUUGACCACUGCCGCGGUCUCUUACGUGCCCAAGAAAAACAAAAACGUGCUGCUGGUUAGCACGAAGCACACGGAGGCCGAAGUCAGCGAUCGCCGCGACAGAAUGCCGGUCAUCAUACUAGACUACAACCGCUGCAAAGGAGUUGUCGAUAACCUCGACAAGGUGAUUAGAACCUACAGCUGUAGAAGGAUGACGGCUCGCUGGCCCUUGGUCGUGUUCCACAACAUCCUCGACGUUUCCUCCUACAAUGCCUUUGUGAUAUGGAGAGAACUAAACCCUGAAUGGAUGCCUCAGAAGCGGAACAAGAGAAGGGUGUUCCUAGAGCGGCUGGGAAAGGCGCUGGUGACUCCGUUGAUAGAAAGAAGGGAGCGUCUCCCUCGCACAGAAGCGUCAGCGGCAGUCGUCCGAGGCGUUCGGAGGGCCGUGUCUAGAUCUAGAACUCGCGGUGAGGGCGAGGACGCGGAAGUAACAGAACCCGCCGGAGCGGCGUCAGGAGCAGAUGACCCGACCGGGGCGAGGAAGAGGAAGAGGUGUCAGUUUUGCCCGCGGGAAAAGGACAACAAAACUUCCACUGUGUGCAGCGGGUGUAAGAAAUAUAUCUGCAAAAGUUGUUCGCUCCCAUACUGCGCUGAGUGUGCUGCUGAGAAUUUGGAGACAGAUUGAUUGACGACACACACACACACACACACACACUCUAUCUAUCUAUCUAUCUAUCUAAAAUUAAAAUGACUAUAUUAUUAUUUUUUAAUUAAUUAUUAUUAUUAUUUAUUUAAUCAUUAUUAUUAUUAUUAUUAUCAUUAUUAUUAUUAUUAUAUGUGUGUGAGUCUAGCCUGCCUGUGCGUGUGUAUGUAUUUCCACAUUGGGGGGGGGGGGGAUGUGGGAUGCAGUCAGUUGAACUGCAUCAGAAGGGGAAAUACUUAUGACUUUCCAAAGAUGAAAAUGUCACAGGAACUGCUUAAAAGACAUGAGAGCAUAAUGAACAGCGAGGACUCAGACAUUGAGGUUGUUAGUGGCGACAUGGGUAAAAAGCUACAGUUUAACCCCGUUAGAGUGGCAGUGGUAUUACAGCUGUGCAGAAAACUUAAGGUAGACUGUAGACAGCAGUAUAGCAAAUUCACGGAUGUUUGUGAAUUAGGAGCUCCUUGUAAGAAUGUGAAGAUUAAAAGUGAUGGGAAUUGCUUCUUUAGGGCAGUCAGUGUAGCUGUGAGCGGUACUGAACACCAUCACGGAAGAAUAAGAGAAGCUGUAGUGAAUCACUUGCAAAGCAAUGAAGCUGCAUACGCCAACAUUCUGAGAAGGGGUUACCUUUCGGUGUAAGACUACACUGACACAUCUAAAAUCAGCUCUCUAGGAAGUUGGGCGACAGAGGUUGAGAUUCAAGCAACAGCAGAUUAUUUGGGUGUCAACGUAUUCACAUAUUACACUGACCGUUGGUUUCAGUAGAGUUGCAACAGUGUUUGGGUCUCUAAACAGGGGAUUUAUUUAGCGAAUAGCAGCAGCCAUUAUGAGACCGUCAUUUGUGUCACAAGUCCUCUGAAGCAGUCUUGUUAUGGCUACUGCAAAGUAGCCAUAGUUGCAUCAGAUACAUCCAAUUGUCUGACCUCAAAUUCUGCCUAUGCUGAUUCUACAUCUCAAUCCGAGAUUGCUUCUCCGUCACCGACAUCGAUUCAUCCAGAUGUAGUGGUAUGAGGCACCAUGGCCUCAAGCUCGGCUCUGUUUGCCUCUCAAGCUCUUAGCCAAUCAUAGUGCAGACAGAGGGUAUAAAAGUAGGCUGCGUUCCUCUCCCUGACCUCUCGCUUCCUGCCUCUUCGGCCCGCCCACUUCCGGGUCGUCGCUCAUACUGCUCACCUCGGAGCACAGGUAGGCUCACAUUGGCAUGUGAUUUGUGCACCCUCGUCUGGGUUUUAUUUAAUCUAAAUCGUCGUUGAUUGCUAGAUCUGGCAUUUGGCGUCUGGGGACGAGACUGUCGGGCGCGUUAACCGCUGUCAUCCAAGCCUAGGUGAGUCAUGGCGAGCUACCUUUUGUUUGUUGUUGUUAGCCAGGUGCUAAGCCCCUUUCCGCUCCUUCCCUCAUAGUUGUCGGUCUCCUCGUGCAGCGCGUGGCUGUCUCCGCCUGCUGUGCAGGCUUUCUUCACCCCUCUCCCUCUUGGACGGGACUAAAACUCCCGGCGGAUGAACCGGACCUUGCAGACCCUGAAAGCUAAGUACGAUUAUGGCUGGUUAGCCCCGGCUACCUGGAUACUGCCGCUGUGCUGCUGCUGUUGCAUCGCUGCCGCUUUUCUGCCAUUAUUAAACGCCUCCGCUGUUUGCCGGCCUGCUUCGGGGUGCGAUCGGCUGCCUCGCGCCGACUCCUCUUUAUUGACUUCGUCCCCUAGCAGCCGUGCGGGGUGCAGAGCGAGUGUGUUACCCGGGUGGACGUGGCUGCGAGUCCCCGGUCCGGACUGUGUGUGAGGAUGUGUGUUUGACUUUUUAAAGGCACUCUGUGAAGGUCGCUCAUUCAUUUCGUUUUGUUCUUUUUGGGUAAUUUCUCGGUUUGGUUGCUUUGUUUAUUUGUUUUGUUUAAGUGAUUUGUUUAUUUUUGGAAAUGUACUUAUUAUACUUAAAUGGGUAAUGUUUUAGUUUGAGUUCCUUUUUGUUAGUGGUUUAAAUGAAUUAAUUUUUGGUUUUCUGAGUUUAUCUCUGGCCAGAGAGUCGUAAUUUGUUUCCUUUGGUUGAUUUCUGAUUCAUUUUGAACAUUAUUACCCAGUUAAAUUGAUUAGUUAUUGAUUUGGUUAUGUUUUGGUGUGUUUUCUUCAUGAGUCCCUUGCCCUAAUUGUGUUUCUUUUCCCCCUACAGAGCUGACGGCCAACGGUGGUGGUGGUGGUCCUCCAAGGUGGUGGUGAUCCCUGAGUGUGUGCGUUUUAUUUGACUCCCCGUUUGAAGAUUUAUUUGUGUGCACCUUAUGUUUGCUGUGAGUGGGAUGUUCUCUUUUCUUUGGACGUCACCAGUUUUGACCCCUCCUCUAGCCCGUAUGCCUCAGCCUGUAUCCCCGUUUCAGUUGGGCUCCGUUAUUGUCAUAAUUGCAUCUUAGCAAUUAUGUCGACCUUUUAUUAAUAAAUUUUGUACGUUGAUUAUUGACUCUCGUCUCCUGCCUCCCUGGUUGAACGAACCUGAGUGCCUCAGAUAUCUAGGUAAUUGACCUUUAGAUACGGGUCCUUGGGCCCUCUCCCAAGGUGGCGUUGUUGGACAACAAAGUUCGGGUGGUACCCAAACUGGUAAUAUAUAGCUCGUGCCGCCACAAACCUGGCGUUGUCGGCAGGAUCAACUCAGUGGAGGUGGAGACGUGCGUCCUAUGUUUAAUCAUUUUAGUUUUUUUGGUUUUCAGAUUGCCAAGUGUGUGUGUGAGUGUGAAUGUGAAUGAACGGCAGCUUCAGGCGAGCCAGCAGAGACGGUGUUUAUUUUUUUUGUAGCGUUAACAUUUACAGCUUAGUGUAGCUUUCAGAAAUGGAGGGAGAGUUGCAAGAGUUGAGAGACUUGGUGGCACAGCUGCGGGCAGAGAAUGACAGGUUACAGCAGGAGCAGGCUGCACCCGUGCCUGGUCCUAGUGCUGCACCACCCAUUCCUGCUGAACCUCGUCCAGCACCAUCCUCUUCCGUCGCUCCUGUAACAGAGCGACUGGUCCUCGUGCCCAGAGACAGGAAGUGUCCUGUGUUUAGGGGUAGGUCAGGUAUAGGACUAGAGGAGUGGAUCAAGGAAACUCAGGCCUGCAUUAGAUCCUGUCACCUGUCCAACGCUGAUCAAGCAUUUUUUCUUUUUGACCAUCUAGAGGGAGAGGCGCGUGAAGAAAUAAAAUAUCGUCCGGCCACAGAUCGUAGUGAUCCAGCUAAAAUCCUUGCGGUCUUGCGAGAACUAUAUGGCUGUGCUGAUUCGUAUGUUGCUCUACAAGAGGCGUUCUUCUCGAGGCGACAGAAGGAAGGGGAGACUCUUCACGAGUUUUCCCUCGCCCUGAUGAGCUUGAUGUCAGCGGUGAAACAAAGUGCUCCAAGCGAGAUGCCAAAUGCAGAUGUUUUGUUGCGUGAUCAAUUUAUUGAAAACGUUGUUGACGGUUCCCUUCGCCGAGAGUUAAAGCAACUCACACGCAGGCAGCCUACCAUCUCCCUGUUAGAUGCUAGGGCAGAGGCCAUUAGGUGGGAGCGAGAGGGAUUGCCAGGGGGUGUGCGGGGCCAAAGCCAGUCUGUUCCUUCGUUGAUGGGCUUGCAGUACGGUGUUCAGACUGCUCCUUUUGUGGCUAGUCCACCCCAGGCUUCAGAGUUGCAGGAGGUGAAACAUAUGCUGAGGCUCCAACAGGAACAGCUUAGCCGUCUCACCGAAAGUCUCGCUCAGCUGCAGACCAAUCAGCAGCGUAACAAUUCUUCUCACCGUGGUCCGGUGAUUUGCCGGCGGUGUCAUCAGCCUGGCCAUUUUGCCAGGGAAUGCAGAGGGGAGCGUGCGCCUCCUCCACCUUCAGGGUCUGCUUCCUUCCGGCCAGCCUCUCAGCAGGACCCGGCUCAGCGUUCGGAAAACUAGCGCCCGUCGAACUGCGGAGCCAAAGUUCGGGGGGAGCUGCCACCGGCUCACCAGAAGAGAUGGUAAUGGAUGGGGAAGAGACUAAGUUGAUCAGCGCUUGUCCACAUAUGGAUGUGGUUAUGGGGGGUGUAACCGUGCCUUGCCUCGUAGACACCGGGUCCAUGGUGUCCACUAUUAGAGAGAGCUUUUUUCGGCAACACUUUGAAAUUUGGGGCCAAGAAAAACUUAAGUCCUGCCAUUGGCUCCAGCUUCAAGCGGCCAAUGGGUUACCCAUCCCAUAUCUUGGCUACUUAGAGCUGGAAGUCGAGCUCUGUGGUCGGACUUUGCCAGGGUGUGGGCUGCUGGUCGUCAAGGACCCUCCAACUGCUGCGUCUCCUCCUGCGCAGUGUCUUGGGGAUGAACAUCCUGAAAAGGUGUUACAGCACCCUAUUUGGGCAACAUGGUGCUGCCCUUUUCAACUUGCCCACCGUCGCUGAAGCACCAAAGCCUGUGGUGCAGGCAUUGCAGAGAUGCCAUCAAGCUUCUCUGACUUCCCCUUCUGCCAUUAGUGGCAAGGUCAAGCUGCGAGGAAAGAAAGCGUGUCGUAUCGCCGGUGGCACUAUGCAGCUGGUUCCAGCCACCUGUUCUGCCCAGUACUCGGGGAGAACUGUGCUGUUCGAGCCCUCAGAUCAGGGCCUUCCUGCUGGCCUGCUGGCAUCCCCAGCACUGGUUCAAGUGGAGGGAGGUACUGUGUACAUACCUGUGGUCAACGUGGGUACUUCUGAUGUGUUGCUUUACCCCCGAACAACGGUUGGUGCUUUGUGUGAGGUCUCCGUGGUGAGCCUACCUUCUGGGGUUAAGGAGGUUCCAUCCUACAUGGCUACGGUGGCAUCUCAGGCUGUGGUUUCUACGCUGCAAAAUCAAAUCGAUGCAGUUGAUCUGUCUGCUUUGUCACUUGAAGAGCAGCAGGAAGCCCGACUUCUGCUUUGGAAAUAUGCAUCUGUCUUCUCCUCUCAUGACGGUGACUUAGGCUGCACUGACCUGAUUACACAUGAAAUCCCUCUUCUUGACGACACUCCCAUCCGUCAGCGCUACCGGCGUAUCCCGCCAUCGGAAUACGAAACGGUGAAAGAACACAUCAAUCAGUUGCUUGGUGCGCAGGUCAUCCGAGAAAGCUGCAGCCCUUUUGCGUCCCCAAUUGUGUUGAUUAAAAAGAAAGAUGGAAGUCUGCGCUUGUGCGUCGACUACCGACAGCUGAACAGCCGGACGAGAAAGGACGCGUUCCCUCUCCCACGGAUUGAGGAAUCGCUGGAUGCACUCACUGGAGCCCGCUGGUUUUCCACUAUGGAUUUAGCCAGCGGCUACAAUCAGGUCCUGGUGGCCGAGGCCGACCGACCCAAGACUGCUUUUUGUACUCCGUUCGGACUUUUCGAAUGGAAUCGUAUGCCGUUCGGGUUGUGCAACGCACCUAGCACCUUCCAGCGACUCAUGCAAAGGAUUUUCGGAGACCAGCAAUGUCAGUCGUUGCUCUUGUAUCUUGAUGACAUUGUGGUCUUUUCCUCCACAGUUCAACAACAUCUUCAGAGAUUGGAAGUGGUGCUGCAGCGGCUACAACAUGAAGGUCUGAAAGCGAAGUUGUCAAAGUGCUCAUUCUUCCAACAGCAAGUGCUGUACUUGGGCCACAUCAUUUCAGCUGAAGGAGUUUCCACCGACCCAAGUAAGGUCGAAGUGGUAGCCAAUUGGCAGCCUCCCACCACCAUCUUGCAGCUGCGGUCAUUCCUUGGGUUCGCAAGCUACUACCGGCGUUUCGUGGAGGGCUUUGCCAAGUUGGCUGCCCCUUUACAUCGCCUUGUCGGGGAACUCGGAGCGUCGAAGCCCCGACGGUCUGGACAGCAAGUGGCGGAAAAGUGGACGGGUGAACAUCAGCGGAACUUUGAAGCUUUAAAAUCUAAGCUUACUACGGCACCUGUGUUGGCCUACGCUGACUUUUCCCUUCCUUUCAUUUUGGAAGUGGAUGCGAGCCAUGGGGGCCUUGGUGCUGUGCUCUCGCAGGAGCAGGGAGGGAAGGUCCGGCCUAUCGCAUUUGCUAGCCGAAGUCUGAGGCCCACCGAACGUAACCCCGCCAAUUACAGCUCCAUGAAGCUGGAGUUUUUGGCACUAAAGUGGGCUAUGGCUGACAAAUUCCGGGAGUACUUGCUUGGUCACAAAUGCAUUGUCAUCACAGACAAUAAUCCACUUAGCCACCUGUCAUCGGCUAAACUUGGUGCUCUUGAACAGCGUUAGGUAGCCCAACUCGCGUCAUUCGACUUUGAAAUUCGUUACCGCUCUGGUAAGAGUAACAUCAAUGCAGAUGCUCUGUCCCGCUUGCAUUCACCUCAACCGGUAGAUCUUGGCACGAUCAUCUCUGGUACGCAGCUCCCCCAGCCCUUGAAGCAAGCUCUCCAACCAAAAAGGCCUGCAGCCUGUCAGGCUGCUGUCCAUGCUUUGCCUCAACAUCUGCCUGCGGACAUUGGAGACCUGCAGAGGGCUGAUCCUGUGAUCCAGGAAGUCCUUUCGUUCUGGCAGCAGAAACGUUAUCCAAAUCAAGCGGAACGUAGACGGCUGUCCCCCACAGCUCUGGUGCUCCUUAAGCAGUGGGGGCGAUUGAGUGAGCAGGCUGGAGUUGUGUACCGGCAAGUCUCGCGUGCAGACGGAGGAGAAGUGGCUCUCCAGGUGCUGCUGCCCGAGGUGCUGAAGGAAAAAGUCCUUACCGAGCUGCACCAAAAUCAUGGCCACCAGGGGGUGGGCAGGACUCUGGAUUUGCUUAGGCAGCGGUGCUAUUGGUCGGGCAUGUCAGCAGAUGUGCGGCGCUGGUGUCAAAGUUGUGAGCGAUGCCAAGUGGCUAAGGACCCUGGACCCCCAGUCCGUAGCUUUAUGGGACAUCUGCUUGCUUCGGAACCUAACGAGAUCCUGGCGAUGGAUUUCACUGUCCUCGAACCAACCCAUAACGGGCUGGAGAAUGUCCUUGUGCUGACGGAUGUCUUUAGUAAAUACACUCUUGCUAUUCCCACCCGUGACCAGCGUGCCUCUACAGUGGCACAGGUGCUUGUCACAGAGUGGUUUUCCAAGUUUGGCGUUCCAGCACGCAUUCAUUCCGAUCAGGGUCGCAAUUUCGAAAGUGUACUCAUCCAGCAGCUGUGUGGUUUGUACAACAUUGAAAAAUCUCGCACCACACCAUACCACCCUGCAGGUAAUGGUCAGUGCAAGCGUUUCAAUCGCACCCUCCAUGAUUUGUUGCGCACUUUGCCUCCCUCUCGCAAAUGUGAAUGGCACUCUUGCAUCCCUCAGGUAUUAUAUGCCUAUAAUACCACACCGCAUCAGUCCACCGGGGAGUCGCCAUUCUUUCUCAUGUUUGGUCGUGAGGCAAGGCUCCCGGUUGAUUUCUUGCUGGGAAGGGUGCAGGACCCUGUUGAUAGGACUGUAAGCGACUGGGUUUGGGAACAUCAAACCCGGCUGCACUUGGCUUUCGAGGGCGUUCGGGACAGGUUGAGGGAGGUAGCCCAACGUCGAAAGGAAAAUCAUGACCAAUCUGUCCGGUCAGCACCACUCGCUGUAGGCCAGUUAGUUCGGCGAAAGGAGUUCGGCUGGAAGGGCCGCCACAAGAUCCAGGACAGGUGGAAUCCGGUGGUGUAUCAGGUGAUUAAAGCUCCCCCCGGCAAUGGCGCGGUGUAUACAAUUGCACCCGAGGACGACCUGGCUAAUGUCAAGCAGGUCCAUCGAACAUUGCUCAAAGCUGUAGUCGGGAGGGCUGCCUCUGGCGACAACCUAAUUCCGUUUCCUGUCUCCCUAGACCGGCGUGCAAGGUCUCCGAGCUCAUCUGAUGAUGAGGACUUGAUGGAGGUGGUGAGGGACCCCAUCCGCCUUACAGCUGGUCCUGCGACUGGAGUUCAACCGGCCCCUCCCUCAGUGGUACCGGUUAUUCCGACCGUCCUGUUGCCCUCGGCUCUUUUGGCCUCUUUGCCUGCCCCCUCUUUUGGGAGUAGUGACACGGCUGUGCUACGUAUGGCACCAUUACCCUCUGUACCUCCGGCCCCUUUGCCCGUGCAGCCACCUUCUGCCAGCGCUGCUCCCUUACCGGUCCCUCCUUCAGGGAGUGAUGGAGUUGUCAGACGAAGGACAGUCCGAUCUACAGCUGGCCACCAUUCCAAUCUUCAUCAUCUACCUAGGCCGGUGAACGAGGCCGCCCAGGCUGGGCCUCCGGCCGUGCAGUUAAACUCUGUGUCUGCUUUCUUUAGACCGUGGUCUUAGGGUGAGAUUCUUCAAAAGCAUCGUCGGGCCGACGAUGAAAAUCGGGGGGGGUGGAUUGUAGUGGUAUGAGGCACCAUGGCCUCAAGCUCGGCUCUGUUUGCCUCUCAAGCUCUUAGCCAAUCAUAGUGCAGACAGAGGGUAUAAAAGUAGGCUGCGUUCCUCUCCCUGACCUCUCGCUUCCUGCCUCUUCGGCCCGCCCACUUCCGGGUCGUCGCUCAUACUGCUCACCUCGGAGCACAGGUAGGCUCACAUUGGCAUGUGAUUUGUGCACCCUCGUCUGGGUUUUAUUUAAUCUAAAUCGUCGUUGAUUGCUAGAUCUGGCAUUUGGCGUCUGGGGACGAGACUGUCGGGCACGUUAACCGCUGUCAUCCAAGCCUAGGUGAGUCAUGGCGAGCUACCUUUUGUUUGUUGUUGUUAGCCAGGUGCUAAGCCCCUUUCCGCUCCUUCCCUCAUAGUUGUCGGUCUCCUCGUGCAGCGCGUGGCUGUCUCCGCCUGCUGUGCAGGCUUUCUUCACCCCUCUCCCUCUUGGACGGGACUAAAACUCCCGGCGGAUGAACCGGACCUUGCAGACCCUGAAAGCUAAGUACGAUUAUGGCUGGUUAGCCCCGGCUACCUGGAUACUGCCGCUGUGCUGCUGCUGUUGCAUCGCUGCCGCUUUUCUGCCAUUAUUAAACGCCUCCGCUGUUUGCCGGCCUGCUUCGGGGUGCGAUCGGCUGCCUCGCGCCGACUCCUCUUUAUUGACUUUGUCCCCUAGCAGCCGUGCGGGGUGCAGAGCGAGUGUGUUACCCGGGUGGACGUGGCUGCGAGUCCCCGGUCCGGACUGUGUGUGAGGAUGUGUGUUUGACUUUUUAAAGGCACUCUGUGAAGGUCGCUCAUUCAUUUCGUUUUGUUCUUUUUGGGUAAUUUCUCGGUUUGGUUGCUUUGUUUAUUUGUUUUGUUUAAGUGAUUUGUUUAUUUUUGGAAAUGUACUUAUUAUACUUUAAUGGGUAAUGUUUUAGUUUGAGUUCCUUUUUGUUAGUGGUUUAAAUGAAUUAAUUUUUGGUUUUCUGAGUUUAUCUCUGGCCAGAGAGUCGUAAUUUGUUUCCUUUGGUUGAUUUCUGAUUCAUUUUGAACAUUAUUACCCAGUUAAAUUGAUUAGUUAUUGAUUUGGUUAUGUUUUGGUGUGUUUUCUUCAUGAGUCCCUUGCCCUAAUUGUGUUUCUUUUCCCCCUACAGAGCUGACGGCCAACGGUGGUGGUGGUGGUCCUCCAAGGUGGUGGUGAUCCCUGAGUGUGUGCGUUUUAUUUGACUCCCCGUUUGAAGAUUUAUUUGUGUGCACCUUAUGUUUGCUGUGAGUGGGAUGUUCUCUUUUCUUUGGACGUCACCAGUUUUGACCCCUCCUCUAGCCCGUACGCCUCAGCCUGUAUCCCCGUUUCAGUUGGGCUCCGUUAUUGUCAUAAUUGCAUCUUAUUAAUUAUGUCGACCUUUUAUUAAUAAAUUUUGUACGUUGAUUAUUGACUCUCGUCUCCUGCCUCCCUGGUUGAACGAACCUGAGUGCCUCAGAUAUCUAGGUAAUUGACCUUUAGAUACGGGUCCUUGGGCCCUCUCCCAAGGUGGCGUUGUUGGACAACAAAGUUCGGGUGGUACCCAAACUGGUAAUAUAUAGCUCGUGCCGCCACACAGAUAACACAGUGUCUGUGAAUGACGACGACUACUGCGAAAAGGAGAGCGAUGAGCGCGAGGAGGGGUCCCACCGCUCUGAUGAGCAUCAAACUGCAAGGGACUUGACGGGCAUGAGUGACCACGAUGUUGAUUUUUACCGAGAUAAUAACAGUCCUCAGAGCCGCUAUGAGUAUGACGAUUACCACAGUGACACUGCAGAGCUAGAUGUUGAAGGACACUUCAGUGAAGAUGAGGCCUGGGAGAAUAAUCCUGAUGAAGAGUAUGACCACUAUGGCUUGCUAUCAAGGAGACGUAGAAAAUUAUAUCGUUGAAAAUAUGGAGCAUUGUCCCUAUGGCGAUAGCCUUGUAACUCCAGGUGACAUGGAGGAUACCAGUGAAGCUGAUUUACCACAUAACAGCUUUGUGGAUCAGCAUGAACUUUUCAACCACUCUGAUGAGCAUCAAACUCCGAGGGACUUGAAGGGCACGAGUGACCACGAUGCCGACUUUUACCAAGAUUCUAACAGUCCUUGGAGCCGCUGUGAGUAUGACGAUUACCACAGUGACACUGCAGAGCUAGAAGUUGAAGGACACUUCAGUGAAGAUGAGGCCUGGAGGAAUACUCCCGACGAAGAGUAUGAUCAUCGUGGCCUGCUAUCAGAAAGACACGUAGAAGGUGACAUUGUUGAAGACGAGAAGUAUUAUCCCUACAGUGAUAGCCUCGGAACUCCAGGUGACACGGAAGAUACCAGUGAAGCUGAUUUACCACAUAACAGCUUUAUGGAUCAGUCCGAACUUUUAAAUGAUGAGAUCUGUAUCAUACUGUGGGAUUGCGAUAAAGAAGUUGAAGAGGAGUUUGGCUCAAAUAACCGCUACGCAUCUACCUGCCGCUGGACCGAAUUGCAGGAAUCGUGGAAAUCGUUUGUCAGUUGGCUGGGUGAGCGCUGGUGGGGCUCGGUGUCAGAAGAGUCUGUCAGGACCUUCAUGGAUACAUCUGAGAGACGUCGCAUCGGGGAUAUCGUCGUCUCAGCGUGCUUCGGUGACACGCCCGGGGGAGUUUGUUCUUUCACAGUGAAGACUGAAAGUGGCCUGCUGUCAUUUCCUUUGCUUAUCCUUCAAAGAUGCUACAUAUGUGCUGACUUGGUGGAAGGUGAUUUUUCAUGUCCGAUCGACAUGUUGAGAAAGCUGGCCCGUGAAACCUACACACACUUGCUCCCCCGACCCACAACAAUACCUUCCAAUCCCCAGUACUUUUCUCUUACACGGGUAGUGGAUGAUAUAUGCAGCGUUUUAGAUUUGCUGAAAAGUGGAUGGUGUGACGUUUCCCAACCCCAUCACAUAAUAGAGUAUCUGCAAAACAAGGAAGGACCCUCUGUUAACCCAGCAGCAUUAAUUUGCUGUGUAGAUGAUGACAGUCUGGGAUACCUGUUUGAGAUUAUAGACGCCAAGGGGAAGAGGCUGAAAGUAACAUUUAAUAAAUUGGGCUUCACAUUUGGAUCGGGUCUACAUUUCUCAGGACUCACAAGUCUGCUGUCACAUAUCUGUGAGGUUGAUGGAGUAAACUUCGUGAUUGACUGUAGAUUCUUGCUCACUGCAAGCGAACUGGAGCGUCCGAUGUAAGACAUGUGGGGGGGUGUAAAGCAGUGGCGAUUGCUCUAAGACUGCAAGGGAAGCUCUGCUUCCCUUAAAAUGUCACCCCCCAAAAAAAGAAAAAGUGGUGAAAUACGUACUGCUGUGUGUACAUUUCAUUAACUAAAUACGCGCUAGAAAGCCUUCAUCUUUUGUUCAGAAUCAGCUGAUUCUGCACAACUUCGUUCUCAUUCAUCCUCGCAGCGCUUCAGCGCUUUAAACAGCCGGACGCUGGGCUUCUGCCGACUUCAAUGUGGAAGCUCAAAGUGGGUUGUUCCAGCAGCGAAACUAGAUGCUCAUUGGAUAAAUGCUGGGCUUUGUCCCGCCCAUCGGACGCUGAGCUUCUCUAGAGUUCUAUGGCGAGAGGGCGGUCCCGACUUUCUCCCGGACUCCGAGCUUCUGCAUCCAUGAUUGGAUGAGCUGUCUGAGGCGAAAUCCUUUUUUGAUUGACAGCUAAACAAGCGAAUCAGCGAUCUUGAAGAAUAAAACAUCUAUCAGAGCAUUUUCCAAGUUAUUCAUUCCGUUGUUCUUAACUGCUCCGGAGACUUUACCGAUCCUCAGCGACUUUUGUCAACGACUGCCGUUGUGUUUGGCGAUUCUGUUCUGUUACAUACAAAUAAACAAACACAAUUAUGAUGUAGGCCAGAAAAAUGAGCUUCCCCUCCUUGAAAGACCAGCAGCCGCCACUGGUGUAAAGAGUUUGUGAACUUGUUUUUUUCCUUCAAGUGUUUGUAUGAGCAUGCUUCUAUAGAAAGAUUUAGGAAGAACUGCCGCUGAAAUGUGCCUAAAAUGCAUUAUUAUUAUUAUUAUUAUUAUUAUUAUUAUUAUUAUUAUUAUUAUUAAAAUGUGAAUUCGUGCUGUAGCUUAUUCUUGCUUACAUAUUCUUGCUUACUCAAUAAAGAUGCGAAAACUUGCAAUUUUGCUUCAGAUGAUAACUUUAUUUGUGUACAUCACACCAUAGAUUACAACACAACAUUGUUUUAUGGCUGAAAGUCAUAAUAGUAGCUGUACCAAUCCUCAAAGGACAUCUCGUCAUUCAUCAUAAUUUUUUUUAUUUUUUAUACUGUGUGAGGACUACAGGACCUUUCACUGGGUCAAAAAGACCCUAGUCAUCACUGGGUCAAAAAGACUCCAGUCAGUGUGACCCCUGAGACGUGGGAUGCAGUUUUUUUUUUUUUUUACUGUGUGAGGACUACAGGACCUUUCACUGGGUCAAAAAGACCCCGGUCAUCACUGCGCCAAAAAGACCCCAGUCAGUGUGA